AUGAAGCCCUGGACGAUCAGCCUCAAGCGUGCUGUUUCCACAGCCACAUGGGCAGCGUUAGCAUGGCCCAUUAGUGCUGCUCCUUUUGGAGAGCCCAGCAAGGUUACCGUACCCAAAUACUUCUACGAAGCUUCCUACGAUGUCCACUAUGAUGCUCGGUUCGCCCACGGACUGCUCGAAGACCCCGAGCAGAGAGAGGCCAUCAAGGUCCUGGUGCAGACGUAUCUGGCAACGUUCAGAGAUUUGGGUGUUCAGACAUGGCUGAUGCAUGGCACUCUUCUCGGGUGGUGGUGGGGGAAGAAGGUUAUGCCAUGGGACUAUGAUGCGGAUGUUCAAGUCACAGAGGCAGACAUGUACUUUCUUGCUGCUUAUCACAACAUGACUACUUACUAUUAUAAGUACGGCGACAUGGAGAAGGGCCGCUACUUCCAGCUUGAGAUCAACCCAUACUUUAAGCACCGAGAACAAGACGACACCCUUAAUGUCAUUGAUGGCCGAUGGAUUGAUAUGCAGAAUGGACUAUACAUCGACAUUACUGCAGCGAGAUAUAACUUGGAUCAUGAAGAAGGAGAGGGCGUUUUAUACGACAAAUAUGGCCAUGAGUAUCGGGAUACAUACGUCUUUCCUCUACGAGACACGACUUUUGAGGGAGUGCCUUGCAAGAUCCCUUAUCGUUAUCAGGACAUGUUGCAGGCUGAAUACGGGAAGAAGGCUUUGUCAAAGACAGAAUUUCACGACCAUCGUUUCGACGAUGAAGCAAUGAAAUGGGUUGCCAUUGAGAAGCCACCGGCCGAGGAGGAGGCGGAGGCACAGAAGGAUUUGUAG